CCCGGCUCCAGCCGCCGCGAGACCUUCCCGGAGACGCGCGCGCACACACAGCGCACCCCAGCGCACCCCAGCACACCGCACACCCUCGAUCCCUUGCUCUCACGCACGCACACACUCAAUCUGGUGGAGCAGGAGCCACUGACCAUUUUGUAAGUGCUGGGACCAGCUGCGGCGCAGUGGGUGCAAACACUCUGCCUUCCAUUCGGGGCUUUCGUCUUGGGGACGACGAGGAGAGGCGAAGGUGGGCCAGGACGUGGACCAGGCGCUGGGCACUGGUUGGGCCGCCUUCCUGGCAGAACCGCUCCCCGGGACGGGCGCGGGCCUCCGCAGAGAGUAGAAUAAAGAGGAGCGGCCGCAAUCGCAGCGCGACGAGGAUGGGACCUCCCCUAUUUCCAGAUCUGUUAACAAACGGAUGGAAAUGCUGAAUGGAGGAACCGCUGAUUUCAUUUGUUUGAGAAAAUCGUCCAGAGGAACUCGUAUUUGGCUACUUUGAGCAGUGGAGGGGGUGUCCAUGACGUUGCAGGGGGAAAAUAAACAUCUGAAACCUCCUGUGUGAACUGCAAACUGUAACCAAGCAAGGAGAAAAAUCUCUAUAUUUUGAUUUCAUGCAAACGGUUUUAAGCAACUGUAGCAUAAACUUAUUUCUAUGCCUUGUACCCAGUUCAGCAGAAACCAGAGGAGUCCUGUCGGGGGACCCCAUCCCAUCAUUAUCCGGGACACCCACCGCCAGCGGCCUGCCUUCGUUUGCCCACAUCCCCCUGGAAAGGAUAUCUGUUUGGGAUACCACAGUCUAUCCUAUAGAACUAUGGCCAAAUCUCCACGAAUGCUUUGCUAAUUUGGGGAUCUAACUCCUAGAACCUACCUGCGGGGCUGGAAUUUAUCCUAAAUUCAUCUGAAGAAAUGAUGUUUUAAGCCAUUUAAAAAUACCUCUUAAAAAUUCCUGUGUAGCAGGAUUUGAUAGGCUUAACAACAUGACAGGUGCGAAGUGCGCUAGGAGCAUCCGGCCGACGGCCCAGCGCCGGGAACAUGGAGAGCGAGCGCGACAUGUACCGCCAGUUCCAGGACUGGUGCCUCAGGACUUACGGGGACUCAGGCAAGACCAAGACGGUGACCCGUAAAAAAUACGAGCGGAUUGUCCAGCUUCUCAACGGCUCCGAGUCGAGCUCCACGGAUAACGCCAAAUUUAAAUUCUGGGUCAAAUCGAAGGGCUUCCAGCUGGGCCAGCCGGACGAGGUCCGCGGGGGUGGCGGCGCCAAGCAAGUGCUCUACGUGCCCGUCAAGACCACGGAUGGCGUAGGGGUAGAUGAGAAACUGUCUUUACGGCGGGUAGCUGUGGUUGAAGAUUUCUUUGACAUUAUCUAUUCGAUGCAUGUGGAAACAGGGCCAAAUGGAGAACAAAUUCGAAAACAUGCUGGACAAAAGAGAACUUACAAAGCAAUUUCAGAGAGCUAUGCCUUCCUACCAAGAGAAGCGGUGACACGAUUUCUAAUGAGCUGCUCAGAGUGCCAGAAAAGAAUGCAUUUAAACCCAGAUGGAACAGAUCAUAAAGAUAAUGGAAAACCUCCCACUUUGGUGACCAGCAUGAUUGACUACAACAUGCCAAUUACCAUGGCGUAUAUGAAGCACAUGAAGCUGCAGCUGCUAAACUCACAGCAAGAUGAGGAUGAAAGUUUAAUAGAAAGUGAUGAGUUUGAUAUGAGCGAUUCGACACGGAUGUCAGCUGUGAACUCUGAUCUUAGUUCCAAUCUUGAGGAAAGAAUGCAAAGCCCACAGACUCUUCAUGGCCAGCAAGAUGAUGAUUCUGCUGCAGAGAGCUUUAAUGGCAAUGAGACUCUGGGGCACAGUUCAAUUGCUUCAGGGGGAACACACAGCAGGGAGAUGUGCGACUCCAAUGGUGAUGGCAAAACUGGGCUGGAGCAGGACGAGCAGCCACUGAACCUGAGUGACAGUCCCCUCUCGGCACAGCUGACUUCAGAAUACAGAAUAGAUGAGCACAGCAGUGAUGGGAAAAACAAAUACAAGAAUCUUCUAAUUUCUGACCUCAAGAUGGAACGGGAGGCUCGAGAAAAUGGAAGCAAGUCUCCUGCACAUAGCUACUCAAGCUACGAUUCUGGCAAAAAUGAGAGUGUGGACCGGGUUGCUGAGGACAUAUCUCUAAACAGGGGGGAUGAGGAUGAAGAUGACCACGACGACCAUGACGAUUCUGAGAAAGUGAACGAGACAGAUGGCGUGGAAGCAGAGCGACUGAAAGCUUUUAAUAUGUUUGUCAGGCUGUUUGUAGAUGAAAACUUGGACCGAAUGGUCCCAAUCUCUAAGCAGCCCAAAGAAAAGAUCCAGGCUAUCAUUGACUCAUGCAGGCGACAAUUCCCUGAGUAUCAAGAGCGUGCCAGAAAACGUAUACGUACUUACCUCAAGUCCUGCAGGCGGAUGAAAAGAAGUGGUUUUGAGAUGUCUCGACCUAUUCCUUCCCACCUUACUUCAGCAGUUGCAGAGAGUAUCUUGGCCUCAGCCUGUGAGAGUGAGAGUAGAAAUGCCGCCAAGAGGAUGCGUCUGGAAAGACAACAGGAUGACUCUGCACCAGCCGACAAGCAGUGUAAACCAGAGGCGGCCCAGGGCGCUUACUCAACCUCAGCCAUGUCAGGGUCCCAGGAGGUGUUGUACAUCAAUGGAAACGGAACCUACAGCUACCACAGUUACCGAGGCCUGGGAGGGGGACUGCUAAAUCUGAAUGACGCUUCCAGUAGCGGACCCACUGAUCUCAGCAUGAAGAGGCAAUUGGCAUCGAGCUCAGGAUCCUCUAGCAGUUCAAGCUCCAGACCCCAGCUGAGUCCAACUGAAAUCAACGCUGUGAGACAGCUUGUUGCAGGAUAUCGAGAAUCAGCUGCAUUUUUAUUGCGUUCUGCAGAUGAACUGGAAAAUCUUAUUUUACAACAGAACUGAGUCAAAUGACGACCAUAUUCAGUGAGGUCUAAAUUUGCAGUUUCCACUAAUGACAUUUUGAUUUCCCAGCAGAGAUGCUUCUGAUCUUACUGCACAGUCUUUUAAGAGAAAUACUUGCAUUAUGCCACAUUGUCCUUGAUCCAUAAAGUGAUGUGUUAAGGUGCUUCAAAGGAACUUUGCCCUCUGAAGUACUUGAGAUACUUUAAUGUGUCCAGCCUACUGCUUUUUGUUUUUGUGUGUCAGCAUAAAUAUCUGGGGGGAAAAAAAGGCUGUAAAUCCCUAAUUCAAGGAUAAAACAGAAGAAGCUUUGUGGUAUAAAAAAUAAUUCAAGAUCCAACUGAAAUAUUAGUGGAAUUUGCUACUGACUCAUAGGACUGAAAGCUCCAGUAUCUGACAAAAAAAAAAAAGCCAAAUUUCCUGUUGCUACAGGAUAUAACAACAAUGAAAAGGAUCUUGUAUUUUAAAAAAUAUAUAUAUGUAAUUUUUAUAAAAAAAAAAACUUGUUUUUCAUUCAAAAUUGUCAUUUUUACUUUGGUAACUUUUUCAUAGGUCCUAAAAGAAAACUGUUUUGAGAAACUACUGUAUGUACCUUUUCCACAUCCCUUUGCCUUCUUUUUCCAAAUUCUUUCUACAAAAAAAAAAAAAAUGACACUUGAUGCUGGAAAACCCCUUGCCUACGUUCUUUAAAUCGUCACAUCAGGAACUACAUCCAACAGAAGCCUGCAUUUCAGACUCAUGUUGAUCUCAAGCAUCCCACUCAACACUGCAGCUUUCUCAUAGCUGUUUUCAUCAUACAAUUUUUUUUAUUAAAAAAGACAUAAUCAUUGGAAAAAAAAAAAUCACACCUUUGUUUCUUACAUCUGCUCACAAUGGAUUGCCGCUGCUGUGUUAUAAGCAUCCCUCUAGCAGCAACUGGAUGUAGAUGACUGAAUGUUAAGAGGUUGCAAGUGACAAUCUGAAAAUUUGCACUCUUAUGUGUAGUUUUCUUUUCAUUUCUCUUUCAGAAAUAGUUUCCAAAAAGACCAUUACCUCUCCUGAUAUGAUUUGUAUAAUUUACAGUUUUAGGUAAAAAUGAUUAAAGAACUCUCAGUGGAUGCAGCUGCAACUUACAAUGAACUGUCCCUUCUUAUUCCCUGUAUUUUGCCCUUCUUUUAUAGUGUUGGAUACACAAGAAUGGUGUUUUCUUUGUGCACUGAGAUAAGCCUAUUUUUUAAAUAUUUAGAGAGAAAUACAUCAGUUUAUGCUUCUUGUACAAUUUUUUUUGUUGUUUAGCUUUGGUUGGAUUACAAAUUCUUUGUGCAUUCCUGAAUUUGCCUUAUUUCAUGUAAAAUUUAUGUCAUUCAGUUUUUGAUAAUGAGUUUAAGGCACCAGUGAUAUUUCUUAUCUACUUGUUACAUAUAGUUUUUCAAGUAAUGACUGUGAUUGUGACCAAGUAAUGUGCACUUUUUCUUGUAACUGUGGACAUUGCUAUGCUUUUUUCUUCUAGUGUUUCUAGAAUUACUGUUCCUUACAGUUACGUAAACAAAACAAAAACAAAAAAAAUGAAAUUUUGUGAUACUGUUGGUGAAUAUAAUGUGAAAAUCUUAUUGAAAUAUGAGUAUUUUGGAGAUACAUAGAUGCACAAACAUCUUUUACAGUGUGGACUUAGAGUUUGCUUAUUUAAAUGAAAAUUCAAAAUUUGAGGGCUGGUAUAAUUUUAUCUGUUUUGUUUGGUUUAAUAAAAAGAUUUCUGUGUUAAAA